CAAUGACCAUUUUUACAUCGUACCUAGUGGUAAUUAACAUAUAAAAAAAUCUUGGACGAUUGUGUCCAUAGUAAUUACGCUCGAUGCUAAAAAUAUCACUCGGCUUGUCUUAAGUAGCCAGACAUUUUGAUACUGCUGGAUGAUGGAGAUGGAGAAAUGUGGAAAAGGUACACUCACUACCUUUCCAGACAUCGUUAACCUGCACCAAUCGGUAACUUCAACAAAAAUUCGCGACUGUUAGUCAUGGUGCCUCUCCGUAAUAACGCCCAGCGUCGAUCGCUGCUGAUUCGACAGUUGUCUAUAACACAGUAGCCAAAGACAAAGGCAGCACAGACGUCUUGAUGAACGAGAUUCUGAAUAAAUAUAUGUCUCUAUAUGUGUGUGACAGAACGAUGCCUCUUUGCGAAGCGAUGCAGCAAGCGACGCAUCUUCACUAUCAGCCCCAACAUGGAUGGUCUUACUACAACAAUGGUACAAGUUUGGCCGCAACACGGUGAUGAGAUAGUGCUUACUUUCUCUGCGUAGACAUGCCUUCCUUCAUCCUGUGCAUGUGUCAAGCAUCAAUGUGUGUCUUCUCUAUAGCUACGUUCCGGGCGUUUUUUUUUUUUCUAUCAGUAAUUGACUGCUACUACUACAGUAAAGUGAGCGAGUAUAGACGGAGCCGCUGCUGCAGCGUGCCAUAAUCGCGGAUCACGACAUGGUCAGGUUUCUGCGCCGAAGAAAACAACGCCAAUCAGCUGGAACUGACUCGAUAGUAUGAGCGGCAUUUGGGCAAUUCGAAGAGCAAGAAAGUUACUGUUGGGCUCCAAUGAGAUCUUCCCGAUGGCUGACUGACCGUUUCGAAAAAGCGACAUCGUCAAGCGCAUUCGAGUCACAAGACCAGGACCUCGUGCUUCGUGUGAGAUGCGUCAGUGCGUAAAACGUUUCCUGGGGCAUUGCUUGCACGAGCUAGGAUUCCGGUGUGCAGAUUGUGUGUCACAACUUAGCAAGUGCUGAAGCACUCUAAUGGCUCAAGCGGACCUCACAUGGUUCAGCCAGCAGAAGACGCAUUUCCGUAGCCCACAGCCGAUGACGACAAACAUUUUUUUACGCGAAACUCGACCGGAGUGCGUGCGCCGCCUCUACGAUGGGGCCGCCGCUAAAAAUGACGGUCAAGAGGUAUGCGAAGUUGUUUGGGGUGACGAACAACGACGGAAGAAGAAAGAACUCCUAGAAAUUGAAACUAGAAGGCCUACCAUUCUUACGCCGGUUCACCAGCGGUCACGAUCGGCUCCGGCUCGUGCCACAGCUACUGCGGACGAUCCUUCCUUCACGCAAAAUCAAGAUGAGACCGAUGAAAUUGAAGGAGUGACGGUACUCGCAGAUGAUGAUGUUAAUAAUGACGAUGAUGAGGUGGUCCACAAAGUCAUCGUGUUGCCUACGCCGGAAGAACAACUUGCCCAGCUAACCAAGGAGUUCCCUCCGGCGAUUAUUGCCAUAGACACCUCGGAGAAAUCCUUCAAUCGAAUGGCCGCUAUGAGGAAGUCGCUAAUACAUGUUGACUUCUUUAUCCGGACCAAAAACCGCAAGAACAAAAAAGUCAAACGGUCAAAUACGGUCUGCGAUUCCUGCUCGCAGGGAGGUACCGUCCGCAGAAACAGCUGCGGGGUAAAUGCCAUCGGUGGGCAAUUGAAGCUCAGUCACUCGUCGGUUCAGACUGAUGGAAACGCUAACAAUCCGCCCACCAGUGCAAACAACAUAGGCGGUGGUGGGAGUAAUCAACAACAACAAUUAAAAGAGCGCACCAAACGAAGAUCCGAGCGUCUCUCCGCGGGUUCAGUGAACGUUGUUAGCACCAGCGUCGCUGGAGCCGAUUCAUCCGGAUCAUCUCAGGAUAUUCCGACAACCCUUAAGAAUGAAAAACGCAUUUCGUUCUAUGAAAAGUUGAAGCAGAUGGGCCGACGCCGAGAGACAUCAAAAGAGCGUAAGGACGAGAAUAAUAAGGACAAAGAUCUCAGCAAGGAUUCAGCAAAGGAACAACAGGUCGUUUCCGCUAAUGGCGACGGUGUUAGUAACGUCGUCAGCCAAGAAGAUACACAACGACAGCUUGAAACGCAGGAAAGCCAGCAACAACAAAAGGCAGGAGCCAAACUGCCAAUAUCAUCGAACUCGCAGGCUAUCAACGUUGCCGUGAAGCUUCGCGAGUCUUCAUCUAGCAGACCGAGUGAGCAGGGACAAUCCUCAAGCGGCCACUGGUCCGGGACAUCAUCAGGUGCCUCCACAAGAGCUUCUGACUACGAUCGUGACGUCUCGCCGCCGACGGUACAGGAUUCAACAGGAAGCUCAGGGCACGACCGAAGUGGUUCCUCCGUCGCUCCCAUUAAAAAGUCCCCCUCUGAAAGCUCACUCGAAAAGGACUCAGCUCUAUCCGACACAACACAGACCACUGAUCGCGCCCCCGCACGAAUCCUUUCCCCUGUGCGACUAAAAGCAAUACGCUCACCUCAGCGCCUUGGUCAACUCCGUAAGAUUUCCACGUGCUCUGACGACGGCGAAUCAUCGACGUACUCCGUAGACACGGACGGUUACUACACGUCAAUGCACACUGAUUCUGGCGUACCACACCAAAUACCGGAAAAACUUGUUGAGGAACCUGAACCAUCGCCAGGAAUUAUGGUUCCUGCUGGCAGCGUUGUCGAUUCGGGAGUGAUGCUCGCCCGCCGCGCCUCACAGGGUUCUAUUGACACAGCUAGUGUGAACAGUAUCCUGUCAGCGUGCGACGCACAAGCUAUCUUAGACGACGACGAUCUCCACGACCUCAAAACCCUCACGCUCACCAGGGCUCGAAUAAGUAAGGACGCAACGGCUGCAGCGGUAUCGCAUUUAGCUCAAAGUACACCGAUGAAGUCAAAGGACAAACCAAAGCCACCGCCGCCGCCGCGAACGUCGAGUGUUCUCUCUCCACUUCAAGGCACGUCUCUUAUCAAUCAGACGCCAAACGCCACUCUCUCUACAAAUCAGGCAAUGGCCAACAGCACCCGAUCCGCACUGUCGGAAACAGAUAAUGAGGGUUUCAUUAUGAAAACCGCAAUUAACGUUUAUAGAUACCCCUCAAUCUGUGUUGUCAGUGGUUCCUCUGAAACGUCCGAAAGCAGCGACGAAACACGGAACCCCCUUGAGGUAUCGCAAGUUUCAUCGUUGUCUCCUAUUAACAGCAGUGGAAAAGGAAUACAGAUAUUGCAGUCGCCGACAACGCCGACGGCAUUGCAACAACAAAAGCAGCAGCAGCAGCAAGUUCAGCAACAUGAGACACUUCAAGGUGAGCUCCAUGUGUUCCAGAUCAAGAACGCCUUUCAACCUGUUGUCAUGCAUCCGACACGGCUAAGGUCCUUCUCGAUCGACGAGAAUGCUAACGAGAAACAACAAACACAAAUGGAUUCGCUUAAUAAUGAGAUAGCGCAAGCCGGCAUGGACCGCCUCAAGCAGUUGCAUCAGCUGGAAUCAGAGUACUCUAGUCUACCUCCGAUGAUGCAUGUGGGUCAGGCUCAGAUUCUGCGACUCGACACCGAGUCUUCCCAGCAACAGGCCGAGAGCGCCAUGAAAACACAGGCCUCCUCAUACCAAAGACUGUACCGGCCGACGAGCCUGCUGGCCAGGAAGUACGCGGAUAAGGAAUGGCUGACCGACGGUCCCAUGUCACUCCCACUGGAACUUGUCUCAAACGAAGUUUCUCUGCGGAGGAGACAGUCCCCUGCUGUGAUCUCGCCUACUCGUGGUAUUCUAUCUAGAAACUCGGAAAUUCUUUCACAGUCGUCGCCAACUGACACGGAGACAAAGAGCUUGUCAGAGAGUCCUGUCGACAAUAGUCCCUUGGGUAUUCCACUUCCCCCUCCUCUCUCGUACCAUCCGUCCAUUCUCGACGAGGGUUCAGUUCGGGAGCCGUCGGUGGCGCAAAGUCCUGCUAAAUCUCUGGAGGACACCUCAGGUUCCCAACAGGUAAAGUACUCAACCCUGUCGCUUGGACGCACCGCGCGAGUUUCUGAUUUAAUCAGAUCGACUACAUCAGCUACGAUACCUCGAUCGUUCAAACCGGCUGGCAACGAAGAAGGGGCCAAUACACCGAACUCUGCCAAUAGCUCAACUAUCGCUAGAGUACUAUUGCGUUCCGAGACGGAAUCGCCAAGUAUCUACGUAUCUGCCACCCAAGAUGCCCAAAGAUAUCAGAGAACUACUACGACUAGCGUAGAAGCGUGUGACACUACUAGUGGCUCGGCAGUUAUGGUGCGUCCUCCGUCCGCGGCAUCCGAACGCUCGAUGGGGGUUGAGGGUCGAGGCACCCCGCUGAACCAUUUCUCACCAAUCGCAUCACCGCAACUAAAUGCUCCUAGUCCCCUCGUACAUCCAAUUGCCGUCACCCCAGUCCAGAAUCAUAACCCUGUAAAUAAUCCCAGAUCACGAUCAGGUAUAGUCGAUCUGGACCUAAAUCUGGAGUCUUGUUAUGUGCCACCGCCUCAGCCCGAGAUGCCGACCCCCCCGAACAGACCUUCGCGGCCAUCUAGCCUCUACGAUGAUAAGGUGUAUGCCACGUUUCUUCCCGGACCCCACACACCUGUGGCCACUUAUGUCCCAACGAAGCAGUACACACCACAAAACAACCCAUCAAGCGUACCCUCCAAUUAUGCGGUGCCAUUUGACACCCAACCACUGUCAAGACUUCAUAUGAAGGGAUUCUCCCCGAACGAAAAUUGCCUUCCAUUGUGCAGCUCGGAGAUGCCAACGAGUGUGGUAGGAAGCGGUAGGUCUCAGUAUUUUAACAAUGCAACAUACCAAGCGCCCGCAUCGCUAUUGUUCGAGCGACCGGUGUAUAGUAGUCCAUACGGAUAUCAAUCAGCUGUAGCAGACUCGAAUCAUUCUAUCAGCGUCACUGGACAAACGCCUGCGGAGGCGGCGGUAACAAUUGGCGCGACAGCGGCCACUAAACGAGACAAACUCGUCUGGUCGAAUCCGCUCGCGAACUGCAUGCCCCUAACGCGCGACCAAAAUGCCGCUCCGCCCCCAGGCCCUUCGAUCGAAACCUAUGCACGAGACUACCAUAAAGGUUCACCUUUCCUAGGCGAAACUCAGGUUGCCUUACAGCCGCAGCCCACCACGACGACGGAUCUGAGUGACACGAGCCAGCAACAUCACAGCCAACCGCGCGAUAGAAGGUCAUGGUCGGUGCAAAGUGAGAACCCUCCGCCGCAGCAAAGGGACGCGAGACGAGCCUCUCUAGCCAGCGAUCGUCUGGGUCCCUGCAAGCCCACCUCGCUAACGGACUUUAAGCGUCUUCUGAUUCAGACAAGGAGUCAGAUGAAUCCCGCUGGCGAGAGGAAGUCUGCCACAAAAUUGCUCAAAAUCGCCAAGCCGAACCCAAAUUCCACGUUCUCUUCCACUGCGUCCGCAUCGAUGGGUGGAGGAGCCUCGUCGAUUUCCGGUAGCGUCAAGCGAGGCGCGGGAAUCAAGUUCAACUCAACAGGAAUCGAGCCCAUCCAAGAGGAAGUCGAAAAUACACAGAAUUCACCGGCUAAACUUUCUGUUGUUUAGCAUAGCUGAUACAUACAUUAUGAACAUAAUGACAAAUGGUAAAAAUGGAAAAUGUCACGUUAUUUACAGUUACAUCACAAAGUCAGCGUUAGUCGUAGGUAGCAUCAGCAAAAGAAUGAAGUAAAUAUAUGACAUCGUAAGAACGCACGAGUAAGAACCACCCUGUUUGUCCAUUAAGUUGCAUAAGUCAUGAAAAUAGAAGAAGAUUAAGCAGUAACAAUUAAUACGAAACCGUCGUCGUCUGCAGAGUAAAAACCAAAAGCCCAUUAGAAGUAUUAUUGCAUCUCUGACGAGUUUUCUCAUCAACUUACCACAUACGAAAACUGCGACACAUACGACAGGGAGCAUGUCGAACUACGACAGUCUUGCCACUUUCGUCGUGGACUUAAUUCCUAUUCAAUGCCAGUCAGCGACUCGAUUAUCUCACACUCAAGCAAUUUGGCUUUCAUCCUACGUUUUUUCAAAAAUUAGGUUUGUCACCGGGUGUCGACACCGGCGUACCGUUAUUGCCACUUUCGACAACCACCGACUUAGUUGAUUCUAAUGAAUUGUCAUACAAUCAUGAUAUACAAAUCAGCUAUUCCAGGCAAAUGAUGAAGCAGCCUCACUGUGAACCUACUCAGCUCGUGAGUUGUUUUCUCCUUAAAGUACACGAACCAAUCCUUUUCUAGUAGCUAUCGAUCAGUCUCUUCGAGUUCCCGCUAUCGUCCGCAUACAGCGAGAGUAACGAUUAUAUUCAAGCCAAGAUCGAUUGAUUAACUAUGGUCUGGUAGCGACAAACACCCUAUUAUCUCGCACUCUCUUUCUGUUCCGGUACUGUUGUAACGGGUACGUAAACACGACCACAAGCCAGCAUCCCUGCAUGCGUACGUACACGUGCAGAGCACGUUCAAGAGCAGAAAUACACCCACCUGGUAUUUGUGGUAGAGUCAGCUCUCAUAUUUAGCUUCAUAAAAAUUCAUAGGUGCUAUAUUCAUUUGGUGAAAAGCUCCGUCCGCUCAUUUCACUUACAACUAAAACCACAACGAAUAAAGACAGUUUCUUGGUUCUCGUUUCACGUGUAACUUCAGCUUACCUCGCUACCAUCGAGACAAAAGACUCUCUUAGGUACAAAAUUUGAAUUCCCUUCCGGGAAGCCAUUGACAUGUUUCAUCACCAUCAUUUCCAUACACAUUCCCGUUGAUGGAAGCUAGCCAAAGUAAAGUAAACGCCGAAAAGGUCGUACUGACAAAAAUGUACAUCAAAAUACAAUAUUUUACUACGCGGUAAUUGAUAGCAAUACGUGCAGCAACCGUUGAUGAGUAUAAGAAAAAAUUAGCGCGCAGUUUUGCAGGCAGAGGCCUGCAGGUCCCAGAGGCCGAUGUACCAGGCGGGCAUAUGUACCCGAGUUAUGGUGCUGUCGGCGACGAAUGCUGAAGUAAGUCCUCCCUCGAUUGACACCUUUGGCAUUAAUAAUCCAUUCGCCCCAUUGAGACACGCCUGCUUCAAAGACGUACAAUAUUUUGUUAAGAAAUGUUAGUUAAGGACGAUAUACUGCCAUAGGUGUGGCUAUACGACCCAAAAUGACCUGAAUCCCCAACAGAAGCUAAUUGUUCUAUAUACAGAUACAGAGUAGUAAACAGACACAGAUUAAUGCGCUGUUUGUAGCAAAGGGGUGUGUUUAUUGAGAAAUAUGUCACAGUUUACAGUGGAGCUAGUUAGAGAUCGAAAGCGUUUGCCGUAAUCGUACGAUGGCGUCAAAUGUUAGUUCAUAGAUGUGAUUUGUAUUUAUUAAAAAAUCACAUGGUAAAGAAAAGGACGAAUGAGUAACAAAUUAAUCAAUGAAACAAUUGUACGCCUUUUAAUUAAUAUUGUCUAUGCGAACUCAAGUAUAUCAGGUUCGUACUAGUCUCUUGAUUUACCAGCGAAUUUAUUCAUUGUUACCGUUCAGAAGAGCAUUUUUGAAAAAUUCAAUGAUUUUUGCGUCCAGCUUGACGAGAUGGGCUGUACGUAACAAUUGUCUGGGUACGCUACGUGUUUCGUCGGGUCGAGUAACGACUAAAUGCAAUGCAACGGCUGAGGCAUCUGUAGAAUUUUGAGCGCGACUGAAUAAAGGUAAACAUACAAAUAUUGAGUAAAGUAUGUGAAUGUAUUGCAAAUUAUAUGGUAAUACAAACAGAUCAGCAACUAAAGGUUGUACAUACUGUAAUUUGGAUAAUAUAUUACUCCUCAUGUAGAUAUAGAAUGUGUAUAUCGUAACAACUGUAAGAGAAAUAUAAAAAAAUUAUUAAAGAUGAAGGAGUCUGAAGAAAAUAAAGUAUUUUUAGUUUCAGCUCAAGAAAAAGACUGAUAUGAUGUCCUUGUUUGUUGCUACUGGCUGCUGAUCUAGAUAGGCUGACGAAUGCCCGUGGUGCGUGCAAUUUCAAAGAGUGCAAUGAGUGGAACCUUGUAAAAGUCAUUAUUGCGAGAAUUUUAUCAAUUACGAUGUUAAGGAAUCAAAAUGUGGGACACAAAGUAGCAAUAGAACAGGGCCCUAUGAGCAAAUGGAUAGUUACAUAUUAGUUAUCUUGGACAACAGCACAGUUUCACGUUUUCGGGGCUGACAGAGCUUUGUAAAGACAAGAUUUUUUCAGUCGGGCCGCGGAGCGUUGAUACGUGAGCACCGCGUUAGCGUUAAACGCCGAAGCUUUCGUAAAGAUGACAUCACAGACAUAAGCUAGGGAAAUGGGUCGUUAAGUAAGAACGAUUGCUUCGGUGAGAAGAGCAAGACAGAGGAUGCCUUGUACACCAAUACUGUAAUACCUGAAGCCCAAAAUUGGUUAAUCUAUAGCCAGCGAUGGACUCUAAAUGCAGACCUCGCAUUUUCUUUCGUAAUCGGGCAAACGCUAAAGGAGUCGAGUCGAGAAAAAUUUGCAGAUAUUGUAAAGUGUCUCGUUUCCGAUAAAACGGGGUAUUUUGCUGAAAUUCGAGAAAUUUAUACAGUUUGACUCACUGGUUAAGACAACGACAAUUAAUGCUCGGUACCGACAAAACUAGAGGGCCAUAUUUGUUUGCAGGGAUCAGCUUUUACAGCAUUUAAAAGCUGCAGCAGUAGGAAAAGAUGGGCCAAGAACAGUUUUCUAUUGAAGGCUCGUCACACAUUUUUGCACUCCUGCACAUAUUUUCCAAUGAAUAAUGAAGAACUCUCGUUGAAUGAGAACGUCUGCUAUCGCUAGA